AUGAAGAAUAUAGAUAAACUACAAAAUAUCACUGAUCCAUAUGAUCAAGAUAUUAGUAAACAAAAUGAUUCAGAUGAUCAAAACAUUGACAAUGAUAGUGCACAAAAAAUUUAUAAUGAUUUAUUAUCAUUAUAUUUAGAAACUAAAGAAGGUUUUAAAAACACACUAGCUUAUAAACUUACCAAAAUUAUCAAUUCAGAUGAUAAUUUUAAAUUUACCAAAAGUUCUAAAACUUACUAG